CAAAACCAUGCACGCCCCGGCCUUGGUCUUAGCGACAACCACUACGCUUCGCUCCAGAACGCCCUCAAUAUCAAAGCUCUGGUGCGAAUGGUAAAACCCAUCCCCCGCAAACUGGUUGUGGUCGGCGACGGCGGUUGCGGCAAGUCUUCGCUCUUAACCGUCUUCACGAAGGGCUUCUUCCCCACCAACUAUGAGCCGACAGUGUUCGAGAACUACAUCGAGACCGUAGAUGUUGACGGGCAACCGGUCGAGUUGAGCCUGUGGGACACUGCUGGACAAGAGGACUUUGACCGCUUGCGCUCGCUGUCCUACCUCGACACACAUGUGGUGCUUGUUUGUUUCUCAGUGGACGACCCCGUGUCUCUGGAAAAUGUCGAGGAAAAGUGGGGACCAGAGGUGAACAAGCAUUGUCCGGGCGUCAAGAUUAUAUUGACCGCGCUCAAGUGUGACCUACGAGACAAUGAGAAAGGAGACGCACAAGUGUCUCAUGACGAUGGCCUUGCGGCCGCCCGUAAGCUCAAGGCGAGCAGGUAUCUUGAAUGCUCGGCAAAGGCCAACCGCGGCGUGCAGGAGACGAUUAUCGAAGCUGCAAGAUUGUCUCUCAGCUCGCGCGCAAAGGGCGCCCCACGUCGCUCCCUGCCCAGUUGCUGUGUCAUUUCCUGAUCGCUAUUCUUCAUAGUGGAUUGUCUUAAUUCGAGGGUUGUAGACAUGCAUACAUGAUGU